ACCUUUCAGUCCGACCAAAUCAAAUCCGACACAAUUGACGUGCACAGAUUGUUUUUUAUUUAUCAUUUACUUCAAUUUUCGAGCAGGCAAGCUCAAAAAAUAGCUUUUAAAGUGAAAUAGAUCUUAAUAUUAUAUUACUUCUACUGAAAAUAAACAAUAAAAAUAAUUUAAAAAUGGUUUGGCUAGAGUCAUGUUGGUCUCCUUGUAUCUGGACGAACUCUGUGAAAACCGGGAGUUAUGCCGUGGCUGCGUAUACUGUUGCCGUAUGCGUCGUUUUAAUCACGAUGACCGCGUAUAUGCUCGCAGGAGGCGAUUCAUCGCAGCUUUAUUCUCCACUUUUUGAGACGGACAUUCGUGACUCAAUGCAGGUCGUCGGAGGACUUUUCAUAGCCUAUUUUGUCUUGUUAAUUCUAUCCGCCGUCGGAAUCUGCUACUCGCUGAAAACGACGACCCGGGGAUGG